AUGCAGCCGUAUCCUCUUUCACGGACAUCAGCCACCAGUUCCUCAUACCAAAGCAACCUUCUUUCAUGGGCUUCUUCAAUCCUUUCUUCCCAAGCCACUGUCGCCAGAUGUUGCUUCUCGAUAUCACUUAUCACUAGAUCUGGCCUCAUUCCAGACGCAAUAACCUCCACUGGCAGUGUAGCAUCAGCCAAUACUCUCCACUUCCUUGAGUCUGCCGAUCUGGUCUUCUACCUUGUCUUCCGGACACCCUGUUCCUGUCUACUAGACUCUGACAAGAAUCUCUCUCUCUCUCUCUCUCUCUCUCUCUCUCUCUCUCAACUAGACAAGUCCAGCACGUCCAUUCCUUGUAACACCCUGAACGUCUCUGCCUGCUUUACCGCCACUUCCAAUGCUGACAUCACGUCUGACACUUUCUUCCUGUCUACACUUCCGGUGCAUUUUCCCGGAUUACAGCAUAUCUAG